UGUUCGGCCGUUCGUUCUCAUUGCGGACGAAUUCCAUGCAAAAUCGGAUUGGCACGGGAAGUGGAAGGUGCUGGCCAUCGCAGGAUUCAACCUCGAUGGCUCGAAUUUGCAUUACCUACACAUGAAGCUGGCCUUGGUUGAGGAUAAGGCCAUGGGAAAAGAGGAGAUUAAUGACAGCGUCUCCAUGGUCCUCGAUAUGGUGGGCAUACAUGGGUACUCAAACCGUCUGAUGUGCAUCUUAUCGGAUGGAUGCCCCGCCAAUUUGCUGGCAAAAGUGACCGCUGCCAGGGAGUACGCAGUGAGCAAAUUGAUGGGACACGGAGUACCUAACGGUGCGCACGGAUCACCUGGGCCGCAUUACAAGGGAGGUGGGAAAGUUGAAGUUGCUGGUUCGCCGUGUCUGCUCUUAUCCGGCGACAUCCUUCACCACAUUGCACUGGCUCAAUAGCACGGAUCUAGAGCUAUCCGGCAUUGCCAUUUUAGAAUCUGUGGGCACAUUGCUUUGGAAAACUUGCUGCAUUAAACGAGAAGAAAACGCGUUUAGAUACAUAGUUGUAUCUUGUGAAACUUCGGGAGAAACUAGUGGCUAUUAUAGCAGAGCGGGAUGCUUUAAUAGAGCACCGUCAGAAGAGCGACAAUCACCUCAAAAAGAUGCAAGUUGAAGAACUGAGACAGAGACAGAAACUAGAUUGCAGAAAAAAAUAAGCUAGAAAAAGCUGAAUUUAAUUCACCGGUCCGUGCUGCCCCACC